AUGUCAGUUACUGGAAGCAGUCCCAUCUACGUGGACUACUUCGACUUUUUCCCAAACGCAAGCAACAUCAUCGCGGUGCCGUAUGGCGAUGUGAGCAAGAGCUUUGCAGCGCCCGUCUCGUCAAAGUCGGCCGCCAUUACGGGCUACGACUGGACGCAGCCGUUCCCGGGCACCAAAAAAGAUGGCUACGGCGUCUACCUCAAUGUUGGCAAGGAGAUGCCGCUGUCGGAAAACAUCGUCGAGGAUGGCACGACGGUGCUAACUUCGCUCACAUUUGGUGCGCCGGACAGCCUCAUGUCUGGCGGCCAUCCUAAGGCCAUGGACAAGUCGUGGUCGCUCUGUCGCCACGUCUUCAUCUCGACCACGCCCGCGGUCAAAACGGCCGUCGACGGUGGCGAUAGCCAAUGCUCUUUCUUGUCCGCUGAUUGCGCCAAGGAUCUCAAGGCGAGCCUUACCGACAGCUGGGGCACGGCAGACCAGGACAGCAUGUGCUCUGCGUUCAUCUUUGACAUGAUUCCGGAGAGCUGCUUUGACUCGUUUGGAAAGUCCCGCCAAGAUGUGAUGGCUUUCGAUAGCACAACUCUGGCUGACCCGGACCUGGAGUUGCUCCAAACUAGCAAGGCUCAGGAGCUAUACAGCUGGCGAAUGGGCACAGGAUUCCACGGCCCCGGCAACGCCCUUUCAUAUCAAAUGGCAGCCAACAGGACAUACAUGGUCGCCACAGUAUGGGGUUACAGCCGGGGUGCAAAGAACCAAAAGACGCCUGAAGUUUCCUUUGGCUGCGUCUCCCCCGGCGACGCCUACGUCCCCCCUCCGACCAGCACAACCAGCACAACCAGCAGCUCGUCGACGCCGACCAGCACGUCCACCUCAACGCAGCUGCCAACGGCCACUCCCUUGCCUACCGACGUUGCCUUCUCCGAUGACUUUUCCAGCGGCAAGAUGGACAGGUGGUUCAUUGACUCGGGCACCUUUGUCGCCGAGACCAAUGCCAUGGUCGGCUUUGGCGCCGACGGCGGACGCGCUUUUAUCCGCAGCAACUAUGCCGACUUUCUAUAUGACGCCGACAUCACGCCUACCCUCAAUGGCAGCACGCACGACUCGGGCUUGCUCUUCCGCGUCAAGAACAUCCAGCGCGAGCACGGCUACGAGGGGUACUACGCGGGCAUCAGCGCCAGCGGGUACGUCGUCCUCGGCCGCAGCGGCGACGGCCAGGGCGGUCUCGACUACAAGGAACUCGGCCGCGUCAAGGCCGACAUCAAGCCCGAUGUCGCGCACCACGUCCGUGUGCAGGCCAUUGGCAGCGACCUGGCCGUGUUCGUCGAUGACCUGGCCACGCCCAAGAUCACCGCCAAGGACAGCGCGUACUACACGGGCAUGGACGGCGUGCAGGUCAACCUCGCCGCGUCUGCGUUUGACAAUAUCCGCCUCUCGCCGCUGCUCUUCCACGACGAGUUUGACAGUGACAACAGCGAUAGCUGGACCGUUGUGGACGGCAAAGUCGCCGCUGGCUCCGGCCAGCUCGUGGCCUUUGCCCCUGGCGCCAAGGCUCUCAUCAACAAGGGCACGUUUUCUGAUUUUGCCUACGAAGCUGAUGUGACGUUCAACGUGCCCAGCGGCAACGGCGGGUUGAUCUUCCGCGUGGGCACCGCCGGCGCCGGCGACGAUGCGUACCAGGGUUACUAUGCCGGCAUCGAAAACGGCUCCGUCCUGCUUGGUGUCGCGAACAACAACUGGAAGGAGCUUAAGAGGGCGGUCGCGGCGGAUAUCAAGGCGAGACAGCCGUACCGUAUGCGGGUCGAGGCCAAGGGCGAUUCGAUUUCUGUGUUUGUUGGGGAUAUGACCAAGGCGAGGCUGACUGUCAAGGACAGCACUUACAAGAGUGGCAAGAAUGGCGUGCGGACGGUCAAGACUCCUUUGAUGACGGACAAUGUAAGGGUUUAUGCGCUGUAG